CCAAAAAAAAAAAAAAAACAGAGAAACAAAAAAAAAUGGCAUCAAAUUCUACAGAGCCUACAGCUUCCAAAAUAGUUGCUAAGCUAAACUUGAAGCCACAUCCAGAAGGGGGAUUUUACUCAGAAACAUUUAGAGAUAACUCAGUUAUUCUCACCAGAUCUCAUCUUCCAUCUAAAUAUAAGGUUGAUCGACCUAUAAGUACAUGCAUCUACUUCUUGCUACCUUCUGGAAGCGCAUCUCAUCUUCACCGGAUACCGUGUGCAGAAACAUGGCAUUUUUAUAUGGGAGAGCCAAUCACUGUGAUGGAACUAAACGAGACUGAUGGCAAGGUGAAGUUAACUUGCAUUGGACCCGAUCCCCUCGUAGAUGAUCAAUUCGUGCAGUAUACAGUACCUCCAAAUGUAUGGUUUGGCGCAUUUCCCACAAAGGAUUACAGCAUAUCUUCCGAUAUGCAAGUAACGAAAGCACCUACAAGAGAUGGUGAGAAGCAUUUCUCUCUAGUUGGAUGCACUUGUGCUCCAGCAUUCCAGUUUGAAGAUUUUGAAUUGGCAAAACGUUCUGAUCUUGUUUCGCGUUUUCCUGCCCAUGAAUCCCUCGUCUCUUUGCUCGCCUUCCCUGAUCUGUGAGCAUGAUAAUUGUGUUUUUAUUGAGAUAUAUGUACUCAGUGGCGGAUCUAGAGCAUAAUCUACAGGUUUCACAGAACCUAGUAGCUUUUUCACGGACCUUGUAAAAUAUCUAUAAAUAUUUGAUUCUUGUUUCCUGUUUCAUCUUAUUACUUGUGUGUUAUUUGUUCAGAGUGGCAAUAAAAGGCAAUUAGUUAAGUUAUUU